AUAAAAUAUAUAUAUAAAUAAUUCAUAAAAGAAAUUCAUGCAAUCUUUUCAUGCUGAACUUAAUUGUUCAUUUUCAUUACUAUUUUUGUAUUAUUAUUAUUGUAUAGUACAUAUCGAUCUUAGCGACACCUAUAUGGCAAUAUAAGUAAAUAUUAUUCAAGCUUACGUCAAUCUCUCCAACUUUGUUUUUAGCAGGAAUAGCCAAAACCGCUACUCCCCUCCUUCCUUUGCCUAGAGAAAUCCGCCAUAUUUUUUUGUUUUCAUUUGAACAAUGUUGCCACUGCUCAGUACGCAUAUAUAGUUUUGUGCACAUCUAAGUUUUCAAUUACAAUUUUUCAUAAUAUAAAAUAUCAAAACUGAAAACAAACUAUUAAAAAUAGUUUACAUAUUUAUAAAUAAUAGCAUUCGACGCUGAUUUUUAGUUAUUUUAAGAAAACUUCAAACAUAUUGAAGACAACUUUUACAAUUACUACAGAAUAUCGAGAUUGGCAACCUUGCGUCCUACGGCAUUUUUCGCUGUUCACUUACAUUACGCGCCCAUAAGAUAGGUCGUAUCAGCUGACACAGGCCACGGGUCUUCGCUAUUUGCGCUAUUACUGUCUGAUAUCUUGAGCCGUUUUGAUUCGUAUCUGAUUAUUGUAUUUAAUAACAGUAAAGUGAAAUUAAUAUUGCAAGUUUUUGCUGGUAUCUAAAAAUGAGCUGCAAACCGAUUUACUUAAUUGGUGCUCCCAACCCGAACGUAUUUGGCCGUAAGUUGCCUACCGUUAAAGAGGUUAUGUCUGUGUUUUUUUAUCAUCAUGUUGUAUUGAUGGAAACAAUUAACAAAAGUUUGGUGAAUACCGUAAUAAAAGUUGAAAAGCAAUGGCAUUCUGCGGGGUUACCAAUUUGCAGGAGACAAAACGCUGUAAAAAAGUUGCGAAGUUUACAUUCUAAGUGGAAAAGUGUACAGAAAAAUCAAAAUAGAUAUGAUUCAGCAGCUCAAGUAAAUAACCAGUCUCGUUUUCAAAAGAAGUUGACUGAACUCUUUGAUAUUAAGGAUUCGAAAAGCGUUGACUCUCUAGAUCGUGACAAAAAAAUUUUUCUAGCGGGACAAAAAAGUUCGAAUCGAAGGGGAAUCAUUAAUUUAGAUUUACAACCAAAUACUCAAGUGGAAGAGAUGGUUGUUGAAGAAAUAAUACAGCCGGUAAGAGAUACUGAACUUCCUAUUACCAAGCAAGAAUCUGAUAUAAUAGCAUCUCAAUCAUCAGUAAGCUUAACCUCAAAAUCAGUAUCAGACUAUGAAAAUGAAUUAACUCCCCCUUUUGUUCCCAAAAUUAAAGUAAUGACACCAGAAUUGGUUGCUGCAUUAGAUCGUUCAAACGUUUCUAGUAGGAAUGCUAUGUAUAUUAUUUCUGCAACUCUGAAGAGCGUUGGAGUUGAUUUAAAAACUGUAAAUAUCAGCUAUAAGACUAUUCAGCGCAGUCGUAAUGUUUUACGUAAAGAAAUUGCAGAGGGGUUAAAAGAUGGGUUGAAGCUUGAAGCUAAUUAUAUUGUGCACUGGGACGGGAAGCUUUUAACCGAUAUCACGGGAACUGAUACUGUAGAUAGACUUCCAAUUAUUUUGACAUCAUGUGGUACUGAACAAUUGUUGGGAGUGCCGAAGCUGAAGUCAGGAAGUGCCAGUGAUCAAGCAGUUGCCAUUCUGGAAACUCUCAAGCAGUGGGGUGUUAGUUCAUAUGUCAAAGGGAUGUGUUUUGACACAGCAGCUAUCAAUACAGGAAUUCAUCAAGGGACUUGUGCUGAAUUAGAAAAAGCUUUGAAUCAAGAGUUGAUCCAUUUACCUUGUCGCCGUCAUAUCUUUGAGCUUGUUUUGAAAGGAGUGUUUGAGGUGUAUUGGCCAACCACUUCAGGCCCAAACGUUCAGUCCUUUUCUAGGUUUAAGAAUAAUUGGGAUAAUCUCAAUAAAUCCAAUUUCAAGGUUGGAAUGGACGAUAGUACUGUUAAUGAAGUAUUAUCAAAUAGCAAACAAACAUUAGUAACCUUGAUUGAAGAAAAUUUACGGGUUUGUCAACCAAGAGAUGACUAUAAAGAACUUCUGGAGCUAUCGCUGAUUUUUUGGGAGAAAAGCCAAAACCGAACUUUACGUUUAAAUAUCCAGGUCCAGUUCAUCAUGCUCGUUGGAUGGCGAAAGCCAUUUAUUCGUUAAAAAUUUUUCUCUUUAGAGAAGAAUUUAAACUAACAGCGCGAGAAUUCAAUGGCUUACGUGAAGUUUGUAUUUUUCUCGUUAAAAUUUAUUUAAAAGCUUGGUACACUGCUCCAUCUGCGAUUCUGGCACCAUACAAUGACCUGACCUUCAUGCAAGACUUAGUUGAGUAUAAAACUGUGAACAGCUCCGUAUCAACAGCAGCUUGUUCAAAAAUGAUAAAUCACCUGUGGUAUUUGAGUGAACAGUUGGCCAUUAUUUCUCUUUUUGAUGAUAAUGUGCCUCUACCCAUUAAACAGAAAAUGAUUCAAGCUUUGAAUAAAAAAGAAAUAAACACUAAUC